UUACUAUUCAGUAACCCGUCUUGGACGGCAGUCGAAAGUGUCUCAAACACCGUCAUCAGAAACAUCACGGCUCUGUCGGCCCAGUUGACACAUUCAACAAGAUUCACAGAAGAUGCCACUGUCUUAUCCUCCAGAUUUGCCGAAGCUGCGAACGGCGUCAUCCAGGGAUUGCUCUAUGUUCCGGAUGUCCCAGACGGGCACCCGUGUCUUGAUGCAAUGGCGAAGCACAUACCUGCAUCUGCUCCCCGGCAGUCCGACCUCCCUCCAGCGCACUACCACAUGAUUGCCAUUGCUCCAUGGGUGAAUCAUACCUGCGCCGAGGUCUACUUAGCUUCGGCCCGCUCAGAUCCCGUGCGCGCCUUCGUUUUUUAUACUCUAGAAAACCCGUCCGUGUCUCCACCACCUGCCGACUCCCGGGAAUGGUACAUCCGUGAUGACGCUAGGUGGAUGUCAGAAACCAGCUGGCCCGUCUUCGCUGUAGCGGGCUCGGUUGGCGAGGUCAUGAUACGACACUCAAGUCUGUACUCGGGCAACCUGACCGAAGCGCCCUUUGGCGCUAGCAUAGCCGGUCUCUUCAACAGCAAUGCUGACGACUACCUUCGAAUCUGGACUGAGCUAGUCGUGAACACCCCACUAGUCCCUCUCGCGAUUUGGGUCUAUGCUCUCAUGAUUAUCGGCCUCCUGCUUGCCGUUAUCCUCUCGGCAUCGAUACUCAUGCAUCUGGUUCAAGCCCUGCGGCGUGCUCAGCUGCGCCGACGUGUCCGUUCCGGAGAGGUUAACCUAGAAGCUAUGGGCAUCAAGCAACUCACGGUCCCGAUGGACCACAUCCAAACAUUCCCGCUGUACACAUAUCAUUACGAGCCAGAAUGCAGCGGUCCAUCCCAGUCCCGGCGAUCCACGAAGCCCUCCAAGUCAAGGGUGCGAAGGAAGAGCCCUGGCGAAACUGCUAGUAAUCCCCCAAGCCAAGUUCCGACCGUUGCGACAGGUUAUCAACCAAGGUGCGAAAUCUGCCUCGAGCCCUAUGAAAACCGGUCAACAAUCAUCCGGGAACUCGCUUGCGGCCACAUCUUCCACCCCGAAUGCAUCGACGAGUUCCUGAACGAGAUCAGUUCUCUUUGCCCCUUAUGUAAAACCAGCAUACUCCCCAAGGGAUAUUGUCCCAAAAUCACAAAUGCCAUGGUGCGCCGAGAACGCGCCAUCCGGCGGAUACGAGGCCGAAUAGACCUACAAGACACCAAUGGUCGACAAAUGCAUAACCAAAGCUGGCUGCAAGUACUUAGGCAUAGGAUCUCCGGGGCAAAGAGCUGUCUAACGUCGCCCGUCCCUUCAACAGAGCCGAAAAUGAUACAGCUCCAGCUUCGGCCUACUCGUCGCGGCCAAGAUGGAAAUACCCAGGAGACUCGUACAGCAACACACGCAAGGCAACGCAUGCGUGAACUCGCGGGUCCGGGCCUGGACGAUGCGGAGGACGACGGUUCGACUCUUUGGAAACGUCUGCGGAACCGAGUGUUUCCUGGGUUUGACUGA